ACGAUGGCCGACGCGGAGCCCGACCUCAGCACCUUCGAGAACAAGAGCGGCCUCGCCGAAGACAUGAAGUUCCUAGCAUCCAUGCCCGAACUUUGCGACGUCACCUUCCUGGUGGGAGAGACCAGGGAACCAGUGUGCGCGGUUAAGGCAGUACUAGCUGCCAGAAGCAGAGUUUUCCACAAACUAUUAUACCAAGCACCUAGUCCACAAAGAAAGAAGGAACCUGCUCCCAAAGAAAACAAGCUAAGGUUGUUCCUCAAAAGAUCUUCUGAGCCAUUGUUGAAUCUCCAAAAUGCUGCACAACAACGCACACCGUACACCCAACAAUUGGCCCCCAUACCCGAGCCAUCUUCCCAACAGCAUCAGACUCUUAUUAUCGAAGAAUUUGAACCUGAUGUGUUUCGUCAGCUUAUUGAGUACAUACAUACAGGGUGUGUCACCUUGCAGCCCAGGACAUUGUUAGGAGUAAUGAAUGCUGCUGAUUAUUAUGGACUAGAAGAAUUGCGCAAGGCCUGUGCUGGAUUCGUGCAAUGUUGUAUAAAUGUAGACACUGUUUGCGCUCUUUUAGCAUCAGCUGAGCGAUACAUUCAAUAUAAAUGUACUAAGUCACUUGUUCAGAAGGUUUUAGAGUUUGUGGAUGAACAUGGAAAUGAUGUACUCAAUCUUGGCUCUUUUACACUUCUUCCCCAACACGUGGUCCGCCUAAUCCUGGCAAGAGAAGAAAACACUGCAGAUGAGUUUACCAAAUUCCAAGCAGCGUUGAUGUGGGGCAAGAAGUAUUGUGAUACUAAUCAAAGUACACCUCUGAAAGAUGUCAUUGGUAAUUUCUUGGAGUAUAUUCAAUUUCACAAAAUUCCGGCUAAUGUGUUGAUGCGCGAAGUGUAUCCAUUAGGAUUGGUGCCCUACUCAAUAAUCAUGAAUGCGUUGGCUUAUCAGGCAGACCCAGCAAGUGUCGACCCCGCGAAGUUGUCCCCGAACGCCAUCCGAAUAAAGCGUGCAGCUCAAGGCCGCUCCAUGUCUGUGCAGAGCAGCGUGGAUCCCUUGGGUUCCAACACCACCAUCAGCUCAAGCGGUUCCAGCGAACUGCCAUCCAGCGACGGAAAGCAUUCGUCCAACUAA